CAUUUGGGCUCACGCCGUUCCCAGACAAAACUGCUGUUAUCAUGAUGAUUACGUCCACUCCAUGAGACACCAUUCAAGUCAAACUCAGACUGUCCGCUGAUUUCUGCAUCGCAAACCACGAGCCGCCGGAAAUAAUCUCCAAUCCCCAGAGACCACUACGUCAGCGCCGUUGCUCAACUCCCGUCCCAUGCAUGUUGGAUAGGUGGUCAGCAGAAGGCGGGGGAAAGCUAACCCCGCCUCAGCUGAGCCAUGUUUAACUGGGCGACAGUGGAAUUCGAGCUCCAACAUCAUCUGGAAGCCGCCUCUCUCUUUGCUCACAGCUUCAACAUCUUCUCACUCCUUCAUUAUUCGAGUCAACACACUCACCACCACCGCCACAAUGUCGCCUCCAGAUGCCAAGCGCCUCAAGACCAACGACGAACCCGCCUACGAGCUCAUCUACUGGCCCGGCCUCCCAGGUCGCGGCGAAUUCGUUCGGCUUCUCUUCGAAGAAGCCGGUGUCCCAUACACCGAUCAUUCUAAGACGCCGCAAGCGGUUCCUACCGUCCUUAGAUACAUCUCCGCUGAGAAUGUCGGCGAUGCUACAAACCCUCCCAUCUUGGCCCCGCCUAUUAUCAAGCAUGGCGAACUCGUCCUUAAUCAGCUGCCAAAUAUCCUUCUUUACCUUGCCCCGAAGUUGGGUCUCGCACCACAAGAUGGCGACGGCGUCUUCUUUCUGAACCAGAUCGUGCUCACCCUCAUUGAUUGCUUCGUAAACGAGCUACACGAGACUCACCACCCCGUUGCCACGUCCUUGUAUUACGAGGAUCAAAAGCCCGAGGCCAAAAAGCGCUCCAAAUACUUUAUUGCGGACCGUAUCCCCAAGUUCCUUGGCUAUGCCCAGCGAGUCUUGGACUCCAAGGCGAGUGGCGAAGGACCUUGGCUCUACGGCGGCAAGGUGACCUAUGCCGACUUAAUCUUGUUCCAGUGUCUUGAUGGAACCAAGUAUGCCUUUCCUAAGUCCAUGGAAAAGCUGCAAAAGUCGGGUAAAUACGAUGGCGUGUUCAACUUGUACGAGGUCGUCAAGGAGCUUCCCAAAAUUAGCGAGUACUUAGCCAGCGACCGGCGUAGUCCUUAUGGAGAUGGGAUUUGGCGCUACUAUCCCGAACUGGAGGAGGAGUAAACAGCUCUCUGAGAAAUUCAAGAACACAAAGGCGUAGCAAGGCCCAGAAUGCUCAAUUAUAUUUCAGCC